GCCUUCCCCGACCAUAUAAGGAGAGGCAGCUGCUGGGGGCGUCCCCAGGAUCUAAAGAUAGCAGUCCCUGGCUCGGAGUCCAAAUGCCACCGGGUAGCGGGGAGCCGCCAUGGCAAGCCCCACCGCAACUCCUCUGCAGGCAGCAUGCCCGGACGCUGUGGUACGACAGGCCCAGGUACGUGUUCAUGGAGUUUUGUGUUGAGGACAGCACCGAUGUCCAUGUGCUCAUCGAGGACCACCGUAUUGUGUUCAGCUGCAAGAAUGCCGACGGAGUGGAGUUGUACAAUGAGAUAGAAUUCUAUGCUAAGGUGAACUCCAAGGACUCCCAGGAUAAGCGCUCUGGUCGCUCCAUUACUUGCUUUGUGAGGAAAUGGAAGGAGAAGGUAGCCUGGCCCCGACUCACUAAAGAGGAUAUCAAGCCAGUGUGGUUGUCUGUGGACUUUGAUAACUGGAGGGACUGGGAAGGGGAUGAAGAGGUGGAGCUGGCUCAGGUGGAACAUUACGCAGAGCUUUUGAAGAAGGUCAGCAGCAAGAGACCUCCUCCUGGCAUGGAUGACCUGGAUGAUGAUUCUGACAGCACUGAAGCAACAAGUAAUUAACUUCUGCGCGACAGAGCUGGGGAGGAAGCUGGGGUGGAAGCUGGGGCGUCUUCCAGUUGCUCUGAAAAGCUGGGGCCGGGGUCUUUGCCAGCUCUUUAGCCAUGGGGUCUCUGGGAUCUCUGAACCUAGAAGCUCUCUCUCUCUUUUUUUUAAAUUUAUUUGAGAGGGGGCAUGCACGUGAGCAGUAGGAGGGCCAGGGGGAGAGGGAAUCUCAAGCAGACUCCCCACUGAGCAUGGAAC